AUGGCGAGAUUCGUUUUGUCAGGCAGGGCUGAUUGCCCAUAUUAUGCCAAAGCAGAACUUCUUGCUGAUUAUCUACAGAAAAAUCUUCCUUAUUUCAGAGUUCACAAGGUUCUUCAUCAUCCGGAUACAUGGGAGCCAUGGCUAAAUGACUUAUGCAAGAAAAAUAACUGGAAGCACACACGCUCCCCUAUAAUAUGGAGAGAGCUGCUGGACAGAGGUGGAAAAGGAUUAUAUCUGGGGGGAUUUAAUGAUUUUAUGGAGCAUGCCCAGGAAUAUUAUAAUGUCACUUCUGACAUGUUGAGUGAUCUUAUGAAGAAUGUUGCUGUGGAGAACAUGAACACUUAUGUCCAGAUUCAAAGCGAGGCGGAGGAAGUUCAAAGCCAUUUCAAUCCUUUACACAUCUGGAUCACUAGUGCAUCUUUACCAACAUGCUACCAUUUAAUCCCACUUUUGGUAGAUGGGGAAGUAUUUGGAAUGAAUAAUAGUCUUAUCUUACAUCUGUUGGACAGCAGCUGCAGUGAGGAAACCCUCAAGGCUCUGGUAAUGGAAGCUGAAGACUUAGCAUAUCCUCUUCUUCGGCAAGUCACAAUGCACUCACUGACUGAUGAAGCAUUUCUUGAUGCUGAUGUUGUCAUUGUGUUGGAUGAUGCCCUUCCGAAGGCAGAACAAUCUGCUGAAGCUCACAUUAAGGAGGCUACAGACCUAUGCGUGCAGUAUGGAAGGCUUAUUAGUCAGAAUGCAAACAAGGGAGUGAAGGUGGUUGUGACGGGAAGCAGCUACGUGAAUCUUAAGGCCCUAGUGAUUAUAAAUAGUGCACCAUCCAUCGAUCACCACAAUGUUGUGGCUUUACCAACACAAUUGGAAUUUGAAGCUAAAGGUCUCUUAGCAAGCAAACUGAAUACAAAUGCAGCAAUGAUCAGAGAUGUAAUUGUCUGGGGCAAUAUAAGUGGUAUUAACCACCUUGGUCUGCAACACGCAAAGGUCUACCAGUAUGAAAGUGCACUGUGGGGACCAGCAAACUUCUCACGCCCACUACUUGGCAUGAUGUAUGACAGCAUGUGGAUAAAGAAUGAUCUUUUGCAAGAAUGGCGUCGGAGAAGGCAACACCGCAAAGGCAUGUCAGCAGCAUAUUGUAUAGCCAAGCUUUUAUCGUGGUGGUAUCAGGAUUCCAACAGUGGGGAGAUAGUGUCGUUGGGUGUGCUCAGUGAAGGUCAGUUUGAACUUCCGGAAGGUAUUGUUUACUCCAUGCCCAUACAAUUCCAGAAUGGAAGUUGGCACAUAUAUACACAAGCCUCUGUUUCAGAAGAUGCAAAGGAAAUAUUACUCAAUGCAGCCAAAGAAUUAAUCAAGGAGAAAGGAAUAUUUUUAGGAGUUCCAGAAAAAGACGAUAAUGAAAACAGAAUUCUCGGUAACUGAUUCAGUUUUAAUGACAAU